UUUCCUUUGUACACACAGAGACAAAUCCGUACAGUUAUUUCAAUAAUUUCACUCAAUACUCGAAUGACGAUUAUCUAUAUUCUUGUACUCUGGUGAGCAUCUAUUGAUGGCGAAAGACGUCUUCUCGUUUAUGAAGAUUGGAAGACUGCAGUACAGACUAUGUGAUUGAUUCCAAGGGACAGAGAUGUCGUCAACCAUAGUUGUAACACAGCUGGAGACAGAGCAAAAUUAUGAGUUUGAAAACGGAAGUGACGAGGAAGAUGAAGGAAGAGAUGCUGAGUUGAUCGUUUACAAAGAUUGCUCUAAGGGACUAGGAAUUAAAAUUUGUGGAGGAUGUAGUGUUGACGGUCGAGAAAGCAAUGGGAUAUUUGUGAAAAGAACCUUACCAGGAGGUUUGGCUGACAUUGAAGGACACUUACAGCAAGGGGAUCAGAUACUCGAGGUGAAUGGAGAAAGUCUGGAAGGCGUCACCAAUGAAAGGGCUGUAUCAAUACUGCGACAGGCUUCAGCUUCGAGCAAGGUGGAAAUGAUCAUAACAAAUGAUGAACAGGCUAAGUUAGAAUUUAUAGAGCUUUUGGAGAAACAAAAUGGUUACAGUUUUCCUAGUACACCUGUACCAACAGAUUCACAGAGCAAGCACAGUUCAAGGUCAACAACGCCGUCAGGAUAUGGGACUGACAGUUUUGGUAUAUCUCCGGAAGUGAAUGGUGUGAGUGAGUCAAGUAACCUUAGCCCAAGAAACUCAUCUGGAUCCAAGAUGAGUCCUAGGGGACCAGUACAGAGAUUGAAUGACAGAGACAAGGACCUAGUGUUAACUAAUGGUGUGCACUCAUCACAACACAAUGGUCUGCCAAAGGCUGUUGACAGGAAGAUGGUACCCAAAAUGGCCUCAACGCCACAGGUUAAAGGAAUGACUGGCACUGUUGAGGUGUCUUCCCUUUUUGGUAUGGAGGAGCCCUCUCCAGUACAUGGAAUGAGUGCCUUUACUAUGCCUGGAUCCCAGAUUGACCAAGGAAAUUCCUUCUUGAAUACUCAGUCUGGAAAUCAUCAUUCAAAGUCCAUUGGCUUGUCACAAUCUCGCAAACUGUCCUUGGAUCCUCAUGUCAGAUUAAAGAUAGAGAAAUUAGAAGUGGCACUAAGAUAUCUCGGUUUGGAUCCUACUGAGGAACAGCAGAAGCUGAUGAGGGAACAACUUAAAAUUGAUGCCUCUGGUUCUGUUAACUACGGAGACUUUGUGGCAGUGGCCAGGAACCUGUUCCGUGUGGAGUUGGGGGAGAGGGACAUUGGUGCUGGAGCGAUGCUGUUUGCUGCCCGAGAUCUCACUGAUAUUAUAGAACCACCAGCAUUUAAUCCUGAGUUGAGCAUCAUCACAGAUUUUGGAGAAAAUAACUAUGAAGAUCUGAUUAGUCUGCAGCAGGAAAGAAAUGAGCUCCGAGAAGAAGUGAUAAGAUUAAAGGGGUUAUUAGAAGAAAAAGAAUCAUCCUGCUUCAAGGCAGAAGAGGAUUUACAGAGCAUCAGGAAGAGAGCACAAGGAGCUAUAGAGGAGACCAAGUCUCUGAAGACCAAAGUCCAGUUAGCUGAGCAGGCCCAGCGAGCCGCCCGCAGUAUGGAGCAGGACUACGAGGAGGUUGUACAGCUACUGGAGGGAGAGAUUGCCAAACUCAAGGCACCAGCCAAAGGUCAACAUGACCUGCAGAGCCCAUCUAUGCAGCAGAAGAUUGCAGUAUUGAACUGUCAACUGAAGAAGUCUGAAGCUGGGAAGAAAGCUUAUGAGGUGUCUACAGAGAAACUUCUUCAGUUCGCAGAGCAUGUCCAUGAAGCGAUGACGGCCCAGGGCAACUUUCUCGGAACCAAGUCACAAGGGGAAAAUGCAAGAGGGAAUAGGCCACCAGGCUAUCUCGGGAAACACAAAAAGGCCACACCCAAAACUCUGGCCGGAGAAGCCAAAGAAGUGGUGCAGGCAGUCCGUAACAUCAUAGAGUCUGAACCUUUACCAUAUGGCUGGGAGGAAGCCUACACUGCAGAUGGAAUGAAGUACUACAUCAAUCAUAUUACACAAGUGACUACAUGGUCACAUCCAAAGUCUGGAGUACAGCAACUUGACACGAUACAGGAGAACAAAUCUAAACAGAAGGCCCUUGAACCUCCCAAGCUUCCGUAGCAGCCAAACCUCCCAGGCUCCAAUAGCAUCCAACAGGCCAGAACUUCCCACGCUGUCAUAGAGUCCAAAGGGCCAGAACUUCCCACGCUGUCAUAGUUUCCGAAGGGCCAGAACUUCCCAUGCUGUCACAGUUUCCGAAGGGCCCAGAACUUCCCAUGCUGUCAUAGUUUCCAAAGGGCCCAGAACUUAUCCUGCUUCCCUAUUGUCCUGGAGAAGGAGCUGGUCUCACAUACAUGAAUCCUUGACCAAUGACCAGAAGAAGGAUCUGUUAAAAACUUGUAUACACUGUACCUUUAUCAUUCUAUUACCUCGGUCUGUGUUUUACUAGGUAUAUACUUGAUAUUUGUGUCUAUCCUCUAAGUCAAUUAUAACGUUUCAACCUCUAUAAGCCAUUGUGGUUUACCCGCCAUUCUCUGUAUGUGUAUAAUGUAUGGGUCACUUGUAGUGACAUGAUUGUAGAAACCAAAGAGACACUUAUACUGAUGUUUUCUGAUUGUGUAUGAGACAAUAUUUCUCAACAUAAGCUUGCAGUAAGUGAUUAUUGCCGACUGUCAGUGUCAGGACUAAAGAGUAUAUGCAAUGAUUGUAUUUUUAAAUGUUUUUGUACAAGAUUUUGAGUCUAAGCCACAUUUAUCAGCAUUAUUCAAGUUAAACAUCUUCCCAUUUCAUUUCCAUUUUUGUUCAUAUUUCCUUUAUAAAUUGUGUUUGAAGAAAAAAGAAAUAUUCAUUAUCUGGAUUUAGGACCAUAAUACUCUUAGGGAAGGUAAAGUUUCUUCAUUUUCUAUCCUGAAUUGUUACAUUGUCCUCAUUCAUAAUCAUCGAAAAGAAAAUCUCUUAUAUGCCUAUUUUUAUAUGAAACGAUAUUAAGAUCUGACAUUGAAUUCAUCUGAGAUUAUAAAAAAUAUAUCAGAUAGUAUAAAAGAAUAUAUGAUAAUAAAAGUAUACUGUUAUGUGGGCAAUAUCCUUGAGUACUGAUGUAACAUGAUCAAGUAUAUUCAUGCAUCAGUAUAAAAGAUGUGUAAUGUUAUAGUUGUCAUAUUGCGACUAUGUGUGACAACUUUAUUAGGAAGAUGUAGGCUGCGUACCUAUCUUAAAAACAACACUUGCUUUUCUGUAUUGACAUAGCUAAGGUCGCAUUCGCAUAUCCUGGUUGAAACGGUUUAGGUGGCGCAGAAAUAUUUUAGGAUAAACGAACGCACUUGGACCGAACUGUAUAAAAACUACACAGUUUCGGAGAAUAAAUAACAACAUAUCAUGCGUCCACUAAAAUCAUAUAACCUAUCUUAAAAUCUGCAUCUGAAUUGACAUUGUUUUAUUAAGAAACAAAGAAAGUGGCAAUAGUCAGCAUUGUAGGUUCGGCCAGGCACGUCUGGACCCCUCAAUCUAUACGUGCCGCAUAUAAACCUGAGGCCAGCCUCGGUGCAGAUCUGUGCCUGUCAUUUUCUUUCAGGUUCAACCGUUUCAACUGAUUGAACCGGAUACGCAAUAGCGGCUCAAGUGUUUAGAUGGUGUUAGAAGUGUGUGUAUAGUUAUACCUGUACCCCUACGUUGUUGUUUCGUGUGAAGUGAGGUUGUGUAGUAUCUGUGUGCAAGUUCUGUGAUACCAAGGCUAGUGAUUUAACAUAUAUAUAAGUAUAUUAUAUGCCUCAUAUUUAAAAAAUAUAUAUUUGUAUUAAUCAAAAUCUGAAUAUGUGCAUUUUUAAAUUUCAGUAAACACAUGGAUAUGAUUUUUAGCUGUGCUAUUUUAGAAUUAGUCAUUGUGCAGGGUAAGAUAAUAUGGAUAGAUUUAACACAAUGUAUUGAUGGUUUUUUUUUAUUGAAAACAUAUUUUUCUGUAAGUUUUCUCUUUAACUUUAUUUCACUAAAAUUUUCAAAUGUCACAUUUGUAACAACAAUCUUGUGGGUUAAGAAUCUGUAUGUGAACUUUAUUACACUCUUAAUUCAGUGUUUGUUAAACUGACAAUGGUGUGUGCUCUCCAGAAAUGUAUUUUUUGGGGAAUUUUCUGUUUAGAAAUACUUUUAAUGUCAAAGGUUGUAUUUUUGUAUAGAAUUGUAACAAACUAACAUUUGGUUUAAUUGAAGUACAUUUGAGCCUCAUUUAUCCAACCACAACUUAUCUGGCAAUUCUAUACAAACUGUCUCACAAACUAUCCAGUUUUGCUGGGAACAAAGAUGGCAGAUUAUCAAAGCUCAACUGUAUGAGAUUAAAAUGGAUCAUCACAUAUAUUUUUCAUUUUUCCAUUUUAUGCUUAUUGUAAAAAGCCGACUCACUUUUCAAUUUGUUUUUUCAUCAAGCACAACAACAUUUCCUGAUACAAACUAGUAGCCUAAGAUUGGAGAACAAGCUGGGAGUAGACCCCCCUCCCAGACCUCCUAGAACAGUCUACUAGACUAUACAUGAUUCAAUAUCAUACAUUUGGUUUUUCACACAAGACAUUAUGAAAUACAGUUUAAUAAAUAAGUGUUCAAGCUAUGAUCCAAAAACCACGGUAUGGUGAGUUCUAUUCCGGUCAUACAAUUGUAUUUCAUUUCUUGUUUUCAACAUAGGUCAGUAAUUUACUGAAUUUUUACUCUGAUGAUUUCUUUAUCGUGUUUCAUGUAAACAAAAUUCAAAAUUCUGAAAUCUCAAAUCCAUUGCAAUGUUCUUUUUUUAAAGAUGAUGUUAUAACUUGUAUAUUUGUAUUGUAAUUUUCUAUAUUUGUACUGUGUAUACAAAAUGGUAAGUUAAGGUUUCUAGACAACAUCUCCUUCCUAUUAAGUUUUCUAUUGGUAUUGUCAACUUUUCUUUUUAGGUAAAGUAGAUCUGAUUUGAUUAAUGUAAUUAUUUGUUUCCUUUUUGAUAAAAUGUAACCCUAUAGUGUUCUCGAUGACUGUACAACGAAAAUAGGAACCAAAGAAUUCAGAUCUGUUAAUACACGUUACUGUAGUAGAUACACAGUAUGUUUUAAUUGCAGUUAAAAUGUUUUAGUAUUUGUAAUAGAUCCAUGACAACCGUAAUGGUUUUUAAUGGUGCAUGUCCUCGUGUUUUAGCAUUUUGACAUUUAGGAAGAAAAAUGGCUAUUUAAUAAUAUGAAACAGCUUGCUUGCCAUAUUAGCAGAUGAAAUGAAGCAUGUAAUAUAACCCACAGACUGCUUACCUCUGCCAGUUGUUGUCUUCUCAACCCUUUUUUCUCUAAGUCAGAUGGUUACUGGUUUACGGUCAACUAACUAGAUGAUAUGGGUAGAGAAAGUUGUUUGAGAUAUUUUGUGUUCAUAUUGUUGUCUACAAAGUUUUACACUCUUUUUAUAUGAAUUGACAAUUUCUUUCUGCAGUGUUAUAGCUGAAAUCCUUUGUUCGUUAAAAGAGAAAAUCCACAAUUUUUACUUUACUGUAUGUUACUUUGGUUAGGGCUUACAAUAUCUGAACAAAUCCUUAUAUAUGAUAUAAUCUUGACGAAAACCAAGGCCAGUAUUUUUGCCUACCUGGUAUAGAUAGCUGUACCCAGCAUUGAUGGUCAAGUCCCAGAUCAUACUUUAGUGUCAGUAUCACAUACAUUUCAUAAUCCUGUCUCUUUUACUCUCAAUAAAUACAGGUAUCAGUCCCGUCACUUUGUCUUUUUAGUGUUAACGAACAUGCCAAUAUCACAAUUUCUUUGAUGUCAGUAUAUUUCUUAGUCUUGUUUCUUUAGUGUCAAUAAACACACAUACAUCAUUGUCUAGCCUUCUUUAGUGUCAAUCAACACACAUACAUCAUUGUCUAGCCUUCUUUAGUGUCAAUGAACACACAUACAUCAUGGUCUAGCCUUCUUUAGUGUCAAUGAACACACAUACAUCAUGGUCUAGACUUCUUUAGUCUCAAUUAACACACAUACAUCAUUGUCUAGCCUUCUUUAGUGUCAAUAAACACACAUACAUCAUGGUCUAGACUUCUUUAGUGUCAAUAAACACACAUACAUCAUGGUCUUGCCUUCUUUAGUGUCAAUUAACACACAUACAUCAUUGUCUUGCCAUUUUUAGAGUCAAAAGACUCACAUAACUGUCACUUGUUAAAAUUGAAAUCACUCCAACCAAAACAGAAUUUUAAUAAUCUAUUGUAAUAUGUGAGAAAGGUUUUUCUUUGGUGAAUGUUUCCUAUUAUGGAAUUUGAUAUGAUUUAAUCAAUUACAGAUUCAGUCAUUCCAUCAUAGUAUACGAUAAUUAAUCAUAUUCUAUUAUAAUCAUUAUUUAGAAAUUCUUUGUACUGGAUUUGUUAGCCAUAUUUUGCCAAUACUUUGUAUAAACAGUUUACAUCUGUGUACCAAGAUUGGAAGCUAUAUUUAAUUGUGUAUGAGAUCCAAGCUACUAGGUGUAAUUCUAUCGUGAUAUCAUUAUAUUCCUACUGAACACAAAGCCAUUUCAGUUUGUGUUUGAUUCAGUACUGUACAUACAAUGUUUACUGUACUGGGAAAUAUGUUAGUAGAAUUUGGUGGCAAUAUUAUCUAUUCAUCUGUCAAAGUGCUAGUAACAUUAAGUGAAAAUAUCUUCACAUAAAAAAUAAUUUCAAAUUUCUGUCUAUAUAUUUUUGUCCUUUCUAUGUUCAGGUAGAGAGCAGGCCGAUGAUAAAUAUUGUUCAUUGAAAUUUCACUGUUGUCCUUCACAUAGUGAAGACGGGUCUUCAGAUUAUGUAUUCUGUUUCAAUUUCAAUACAAAUUGAUAUUUUUCAAAUGAUUUGUGCUUCCAUUCACAUGAUAUGCAAAACUUCUUGAAUUGCAUUCAACUUUUUUAUGAGGUCAUCUAAGCUGGGUGUCUUAUGGUAUGGCAUUGUAGGUCCAUUAAUAUUUUCCUGUCCAUAUGAAAACCAUCACCAAGUGUGAUUUGAGUAUUUUUGGAACCCUCACAAAUUGAGGUCAGAAAUCCAUUUAAAUUUUUAUUUGUGCAUAGAUUUUUUAGCACAGGAGGUAUUUUUAUGAACUUCAUAGAAGUACCAGUCACUACCAGUCAUUGACAAUGUGUCAUGGCUGUUUUCAGGGCCAACACCAUGAGGUUAAGGUCACAUUUUGAGAUCAAAUUUCAUUUAAGAUUUUGCAUGUCUUCAGCAUGAUUUUAAUUUUUAAAUGAAGAAAAAGUUAAUACAACAUCUCUGUGUGGUGUCCCAUUGGAUAUUUACUAAACUCUCAAUUCAAGGUCAAGGUCACACGUUCAGUCAAAUUUUUUAUCAUGUUUGUCAAGGGCAUAAUGGUAACUCCAGAUAAAACAUAUAAGGAUAUAUUAUUCAUAAUUAGGUUGUGUGUCAUACUUAACUGAGACCUUCACUUGGAUGCUAUGGUCAAACAGUAAAGGUGAAGGUCACAAGGACCUUUGAAAUCUAUACAUUGUUUAAAAUUGCAGAUGCAUCUAUUUCUACAGUCAUUAUGGCCGUUCAGUAUAUACUUUUAGUACACCAUUACCAAGCAAUAUUUCGUUUUUUCCAGACAUUUACCCGAAUGCCAAGGUAACAAAUUGAGGUCAAAGGUCAAAAUGGUUAGCAUCAGGAGCAUAAUAUUUUCAUAUUUGAAGACAUUUUUAUGAAACUCCAUACUCAUUUCACAGUACCAGGCAGUGUGCUGUUGUUUAUUUUCCUGACCAUCACUGCAAUUACAAAAUCACAAGUUGAGGUCAACGUUCAAAUGACAUAAACCUCUUUUGAUAUGGUCAGUGCAUUUCAGAACAUAAGUUCAUACACAUUUAUAUGUUGUACAUACCUUUUUCAGGACUUAUGUUUGUAAUAAUAAGCUGGGAAAGGGUCUUAAUGUGGGAGGCAAUCAGAGAGAGUACUUUGAGAAAAGCUAUGUCGUCAGGCAGGCGGCUCAAUACCUUUGCACGUCCUAUCAGAACUCUCCUCUACUUCUUGUGCUUCAAGGUCAACAUCAUCAAGUCAAAUGCCAACUUUCUUGAAUACCUAUAGAUUGUAUGUUUUAUUGAAGACAAAUUGUCAGAUGACAAGGGUAAACCAUAAUGAGUAAGAACUCUGUACUUUAGCUGCUUCACAGAUUCAACUGCAUACAAAGUGGUGUGUAUUUCAUUAAUGAGGUGAAUAUCAAUGGCAUAUGGAAGUUAUAUGUACAUAUGAUUGUAACAGGAUUGUUUUUUUUCUCAUAAUUCAUAAUCAAUAAUCAUUAUCAUAUUUAUGUUGUGAUAUGAAAUAUGUAUUUAAUUAUAGUCAUACAUAUUCCUGUGUGAAAAGUUGUCUUCCUUAAAUUAUGUUUGAUUUACUAGGUAACCCAGGAAAACAAAAGUCAUCUGUAGACAACGGGUUUAUACAGAUGUAGGUGGGUAUAUACCCGGUUUCCUUGUUGCCUGGUAUGGAUUUUGUUUAAAAUAUCUGUUUAUAUAGGGGUCAAAGCUUGCAUGAGUAAAACAUGGCACAAAAGUUUAAAUUUUGAUAUACUUAAGUGCAAAAGUAUAUCAUCUGCUCGAUGUUAAUUCUUCUUUAAAUGUUGCUAGUACCAUAGCUAGAAUUGACAUCUACUGCUAGUAAACGUAGCUAGAAUUGACAUCUACUGCUAGUAAACGUAGCUAGAAUUGACAUCUACUGCUAGUAAACGUAGCUAGAAUUGACAUCUACUGCUAGUAAACGUAGCUAGAAUUGACAUCUACUGCUAGUAAACGUAGCUAGAAUUGACAUCUACUGCUAGUAAACGUAGCUAGAAUUGACAUCUACUGCUAGUAAACGUAGCUAGAAUUGACAUCUACUGCUAGUAAACGUAGCUAGAAUUGACAUCUACUGCUAGUAAACGUAGCUAGAAUUGACAUCUACUGCUAGUAAACGUAGCUAGAAUUGACAUCUACUGCUAGUAAACGUAGCUAGAAUUGACAUCUACUGCUAGUAAACGUAGCUAGAAUUGACAUCUACUGCUAGUAAACGUAGCUAGAAUUGACAUCUACUGCUAGUAAACGUAGCUAGAAUUGACAUCUACUGCUAGUAAACGUAGCUAGAAUUGACAUCUACUGCUAGUAAACGUAGCUAGAAUUGACAUCUACUGCUAGUAAACGUAGCUAGAAUUGACAUCUACUGCUAGUAAACGUAGCUAGAAUUGACAUCUACUGCUAGUAAACGUAGCUAGAAUUGACAUCUACUGCUAGUAAACGUAGCUAGAAUUGACAUCUACUGCUAGUAAACGUAGCUAGAAUUGACAUCUACUGCUAGUAAACGUAGCUAGAAUUGACAUCUACUGCUAGUAAACGUAGCUAGAAUUGACAUCUACUGCUAGUAAACGUAGCUAGAAUUGACAUCUACUGCUAGUAAACGUAGCUAGAAUUGACAUCUACUGCUAGUAAACGUAGCUAGAAUUGACAUCUACUGCUAGUAAACGUAGCUAGAAUUGACAUCUACUGCUAGUAAACGUAGCUAGAAUUGACAUCUACUGCUAGUAAACGUAGCUAGAAUUGACAUCUACUGCUAGUAAACGUAGCUAGAAUUGACAUCUACUGCUAGUAAACGUAGCUAGAAUUGACAUCUACUGCUAGUAAACGUAGCUAGAAUUGACAUCUACUGCUAGUAAACGUAGCUAGAAUUGACAUCUACUGCUAGUAAACGUAGCUAGAAUUGACAUCUACUGCUAGUAAACGUAGCUAGAAUUGACAUCUACUGCUAGUAAACGUAGCUAGAAUUGACAUCUACUGCUAGUAAACGUAGCUAGAAUUGACAUCUACUGCUAGUAAACGUAGCUAGAAUUGACAUCUACUGCUAGUAAACGUAGCUAGAAUUGACAUCUACUGCUAGUAAACGUAGCUAGAAUUGACAUCUACUGCUAGUAAACGUAGCUAGAAUUGACAUCUACUGCUAGUAAACGUAGCUAGAAUUGACAUCUACUGCUAGUAAACGUAGCUAGAAUUGACAUCUACUGCUAGUAAACGUAGCUAGAAUUGACAUCUACUGCUAGUAAACGUAGCUAGAAUUGACAUCUACUGCUAGUAAACGUAGCUAGAAUUGACAUCUACUGCUAGUAAACGUAGCUAGAAUUGACAUCUACUGCUAGUAAACGUAGCUAGAAUUGACAUCUACUGCUAGUAAACGUAGCUAGAAUUGACAUCUACUGCUAGUAAACGUAGCUAGAAUUGACAUCUACUGCUAGUAAACGUAGCUAGAAUUGACAUCUACUGCUAGUAAACGUAGCUAGAAUUGACAUCUACUGCUAGUAAACGUAGCUAGAAUUGACAUCUACUGCUAGUAAACGUAGCUAGAAUUGACAUCUACUGCUAGUAAACGUAGCUAGAAUUGACAUCUACUGCUAGUAAACGUAGCUAGAAUUGACAUCUACUGCUAGUAAACGUAGCUAGAAUUGACAUCUACUGCUAGUAAACGUAGCUAGAAUUGACAUCUACUGCUAGUAAACGUAGCUAGAAUUGACAUCUACUGCUAGUAAACGUAGCUAGAAUUGACAUCUACUGCUAGUAAACGUAGCUAGAAUUGACAUCUACUGCUAGUAAACGUAGCUAGAAUUGACAUCUACUGCUAGUAAACGUAGCUAGAAUUGACAUCUACUGCUAGUAAACGUAGCUAGAAUUGACAUCUACUGCUAGUAAACGUAGCUAGAAUUGACAUCUACUGCUAGUAAACGUAGCUAGAAUUGACAUCUACUGCUAGUAAACGUAGCUAGAAUUGACAUCUACUGCUAGUAAACGUAGCUAGAAUUGACAUCUACUGCUAGUAAACGUAGCUAGAAUUGACAUCUACUGCUAGUAAACGUAGCUAGAAUUGACAUCUACUGCUAGUAAACGUAGCUAGAAUUGACAUCUACUGCUAGUAAACGUAGCUAGAAUUGACAUCUACUGCUAGUAAACGUAGCUAGAAUUGACAUCUACUGCUAGUAAACGUAGCUAGAAUUGACAUCUACUGCUAGUAAACGUAGCUAGAAUUGACAUCUACUGCUAGUAAACGUAGCUAGAAUUGACAUCUACUGCUAGUAAACGUAGCUAGAAUUGACAUCUACUGCUAGUAAACGUAGCUAGAAUUGACAUCUACUGCUAGUAAACGUAGCUAGAAUUGACAUCUACUGCUAGUAAACGUAGCUAGAAUUGACAUCUACUGCUAGUAAACGUAGCUAGAAUUGACAUCUACUGCUAGUAAACGUAGCUAGAAUUGACAUCUACUGCUAGUAAACGUAGCUAGAAUUGACAUCUACUGCUAGUAAACGUAGCUAGAAUUGACAUCUACUGCUAGUAAACGUAGCUAGAAUUGACAUCUACUGCUAGUAAACGUAGCUAGAAUUGACAUCUACUGCUAGUAAACGUAGCUAGAAUUGACAUCUACUGCUAGUAAAUGUAGCUAGAAUUGACAUCUACUGCUAGUAAACGUAGCUAGAAUUGUUUCUGUUACUCUUCAUUCACAAUAAUAACCUGAAUUUCCAUUAAUUUAUUUAACAUGAAAUAUAUUUUAUUUUAUUUAUAAGAAUACAAUUGAUAUUACAAACAUACUAGUAAGAAUAUUCAUAUUUAUUUUCUAUCCAUUAGUUUCUUUUUAAAGUAGAAAUUCAUAGUCAUUAGAAAAUAACAUUACCUGGUACAGGUAUGUACAGGUAAGAAAACUUAAUAAACUGAAAUCAACCUACUGUAUGAAUUAUUCGUUUCUUACUGAAAUAAUGUAAUUGUUUUAGCUCUACUUUUACUGUAUAAUAUAUACUGUAUUAUAUAAAUUAUAACAAAAGAACAACAAAACAUGUCUAGAUUGGUAGAGGACACAAACUUAUUCUGGAAGUAUGUCAAACUUUCCUUAGAAAAAAAUCAAUCUGAAAACUGUUUUUGUCUUGAAAUUUAUUCUAACACUGGCUAUGGUAACCUAGUAGUUAACAAAGCGGGUUGCUAUUUGUACCAGUGUUUUAGAUUUUGAUAAAAAUUAUUGCAGAUGUAAAAAAUUAACCCUCAUCUGGUAAAUGAUUUUGGAGAUUUUCAUGAUAAUCAGUUUGGAAGAGUUUCUUAUCAAAAAUCUACCUUAUACAAAUAUAUUUGUGACAAAGUUUUUGGUUUACAUUUAAUUGUGGUAUGGGUAAUGCUUUCUUUGAACAAGUAAAUUGACUUUAUUAGGCACCGCUUUUUGUUUCUCUGUAAUUUGAAAUUAUAUUUCAAAAGCUACAUUUUUAUACAAGUCAGGUAUAUACAAGGAACAGGAUUCCGUAUUUGUCCUAAAUUUGAUUUGUAAUACUAUUGAAAGUUAUCCAGUGGAAAUGUUUCCUUUUCUAGCACCUACUCUUCCCGUCCUCAGCUACGCAGGUUGUAAUAAACAAAAGCAGACAGAAAAGCAAUAAAGUACUUUUGUAUGUAUA